CAGCAAGGGCGAUAUUGCGCGCUCCCGUCUCUGUCUGGCCAUUGAAAACAAAGCUAUCUGCGCGAUUUCUACUACAGCCGAGGGAAUACGAUACAGGAAUAUUUACAUUUAGACCGAGAAACACAAAUGAAAAUGGAUUUACAGCGAAACUAGGAACCAGCUUUACCGGGGCCUGCUUGGAGGGCACACAUACAGCAGGACGCUCCCGAAACCGAGGAAAAUUUGAUCUUUUUCCGGAGUGCUUUGUUAUUAGCUGGCUAGCUUUCUAGCUAGCUAGCCAUCAUUGUCAUUUCUGUAGCUAGCCUGCUAGCUAUCUUGCUGAAUGCGAGAGAAACACCGCCAUGUUGUUAUCAAACAGCGAGUGUUAAGAAGCCGAUUCUUUAAUUAAAAACGGGAUAUCCCUGCAUCCUGUCCACUGGUUUGAAACAGGGACCCCGAAUCAGUGCUGCAGCCGCGGUUCCCCUCUAUUGUCAGCGACAUGGCGGAGCAGAGCUACUCUUCAUGGGCGUACUCCCUCGUGGACUCGAGCCAGGUCUCCACCUUCCUCAUCUCCAUCCUCCUCAUCGUCUAUGGGAGCUUCAGAUCGUUGAACAUGGACUGUGAGAACCAGGAGAAGGAUAAGGACGGGAAUCCCUCUGCAGCAGGGUCCUUCAACAACAACUCCAACAACAGUGAGUGUAUUCAGACCAUCGACUCCACACAGGCCCUGUUCCUGCCGAUUGGGGCCUCCGUGUCUCUCCUGGUCAUGUUCUUCUUCUUCGACUCGGUCCAGGUGGUCUUCACCAUCUGCACUGCAGUUCUUGCCACAAUAGCGUUUGCGUUCCUCCUGCUGCCCAUGUGCCAGUACCUGACCCGACCGUGCGCUCCGCAGAACAAGAUCUCGUUCGGCUGCUGCGGGCGCUUCACCCUGGCGGAGCUGCUCUCCUUCUCCCUGUCCGUCAUGCUGGUGCUCAUCUGGGUGCUGACCGGUCACUGGCUCCUGAUGGACGCUCUGGCGAUGGGUCUGUGUGUGGCCAUGAUCGCCUUUGUGCGGCUGCCCAGCCUCAAAGUGUCCUGCCUGCUGCUGUCAGGGCUGCUCAUCUACGACGUCUUCUGGGUGUUCUUCUCCGCCUACAUCUUCAACAGCAACGUGAUGGUGAAGGUGGCCACGCAGCCGGCCGACAACCCGCUGGACGUGCUGUCCCGCAAACUGCACCUGGGCCCCGGGAUGGGCCGCGACGUGCCCCGCCUCUCCCUGCCCGGAAAGUUGGUCUUCCCCAGUUCCACUGGCAGUCACUUUUCCAUGCUGGGCAUCGGGGACAUCGUGAUGCCGGGGCUGCUGCUGUGCUUCGUGCUGCGGUACGACAACUACAAGAAGCAGGCGAGCGGAGAGGGCGUGGGCCCGGGGAACGGCCGCAUGCAGCGCGUGUCCUACUUCCACUGCACCCUCAUCGGAUACUUCGUGGGACUGCUCACCGCCACCGUGGCCUCCCGGAUCCACCGCGCGGCCCAGCCUGCCCUGCUGUACCUCGUCCCCUUCACCCUCCUGCCUCUGCUCACCAUGGCCUACCUGAAGGGGGAUCUGAGGCGGAUGUGGUCAGAGCCGUUUCACGCUAAGGCCACCAGCAGCUCGCGUUUCCUGGACGUAUGAUGGACAGCGGAGGCCCCGCCCCCUGGGGAGAACGGAGGGAUCCCUGGACUGCUGAGAGAGAGAGAGAAAGAGUGAGAGAGAGAGGGAGGGAGGGAGCGAACAGGAAAGCAGAGGAGGACCCCCCCACCCUCCUUCCCUCGUUCCACCGAUUCGACCCCCCGUUCCCCGUGUGGCCGAAACAGGCCCCGCCCACCCCUGCAGACAGACUCCUCCCCUCUCUCCCUUAGCCCCGCCCCUCACGCCCAGCCCCCCCCCCCUCUCUCUCGGACCCGGGUUUGGAUUCCUCUGUUCUCCCGAGGUCGUCUUCGUCUCUUCACCUCACCUCCCCAUCCCUCCCUCCCUCCCUCCAUCUCUCUCUUUCUCCCCCCCAUCUUCAGGACGCAGUUGAAGCCUCGCUCACGGACAGCUAACGAACAGAACGGCCAAUCGAGGCUCUUUGGAAUCUUGUGUGUAUUUUUUUUUUUUUUUUCAUUU